AGCAAGGUCCCACAUCCUGGUACUUUUUCCACCGUUGUCAAGGCAGCUGUAGAGAGAAAGGCUGGCUCGCGGAAAGUAGCUGCAGUGUCCUGACAGUAUAUCUGUCCAAACGUUAACAAACUGUCCCGGAAAGUUAGGUGUAACUAUCAGGUAAUGCAUAUGCAUGUUUUUUCACACCUUUCCGACAAUCCAGCUCUUUCAGCGCUGGCUUGGUUCUAUGCUUUUCGAUUCAUUUAGACAAGGAACAUACACGCAGACAGACGCGAGUCCGUGUGGACAGGGGAGGAGGAAGAGCUUGUCCAUUGUACGCUGGUAGAGACAGCGCUUUUAGACGAAUGAAUAUCACGAAAUGUGUCAAACGUUUCGGUCGCUUUUCGUUGGAAUUUGUAUCUAUGGUUUGGUACGUGUCAGCACAUUCUGCUUGUUGUGCGUAUCAUAAUAAAUAAAGAAUAAAAAAUGGCACACGACAGACAUAAUUUGUGAUAGACGGAGGGACAUGGUUUAAAGAGACACUGCCAUUUUUUCUCUUCCUGGUUGUUGUGCAUGGUCUUUUGACGCUGGAUGUCAGAGAGACACAACCUGCGUUUUGGAAGCGUUUUUAUAAAUGUUUUCUUCCGAGGAAAUGUGUUUUUUGCAACAUUAUAGCCUAUGCUACACGUAGGCUGCUCUGAACUUGUGCUAUGGUAGAAAAUAAAUGAAUGAAAAUAUCAAGAAAUCCCUUAAUUAUCUGUACAGUAUUGGUGUAGAUGCAUUUCUUUUUUGUUUUCAACUUUUUCGUUUGUUCUGUGUACAUUAGGACCACAUUUUUUUUUUAUUAACUAGCCCUACAUUAAUAAGUUGAAUCGUGUGCACACCUCAAAAAACAAGUUAUUUCGUGCUUCUACUGAAUUCAGUAUCUCAGCCAUCACGUAAUUGGGUUAAUAACUGUCAAAAUACGUACAAUUAUAUAAAUAUAAUCCAAUGCAGUGAAUAUUUACCCUCACUGUUGGAAUAAAUGAAUGCGCUGCAACCAGAUUAAUAUGGUAUGAAGAUGUAUUUUUGUUUAUUUAAUUCCUAAACUGGAAAAAUAUUAAAUCAGUUUCAGCUAACAUCCCAAUUUACCAAGCACGGUUAGUGUUUUUUUUUUUCUCCAUACAUUGUUAACCUUUAUGUCUCGAUAAGCCUCUUGUUUAUACUUUCAGGUUUACCAUCAGGUGUAUGUUACUGUCAUAAUGUAGAAGGUGACCACUAAAGAUGGGAGACAGACAAGCCAACAUCUAUAAGAUGUUACUCAGUAGCGUUCUACAUGAAUGCUAAAGGUUAACGACAUCCAUACUUAGUGAACAUUGGACGACGAAGAGGAGGAUGAAUAGGGAAUCCGCAGCGAGCACAGUUUUGUGAAGAGCGGCACAGGUGACCUAGCUGUCAAGUAACCAUAAUGCCAACCACGAAGGGAACCGGUGCGCCUGGCAGCCCACGUGGGCAGCGUUACCGACCAGCCUCAGAGUUUGACGAUGCCACACUUGCCCAGAAGAGAGAGUACUGGAGGAACAAAAAACGAGAGCAACGGGCCAAGCUGUCAGAGGUCAAGAGGGAGAGGUCAAAAGCAGCAAACAGAGGGAGUAAAUCCUCGGGCGGCAAUGUAGUUGUUAACUCAGUGCCAUUCAAUUCCAGUGGCUCUUGUUCAAUGACAAGGUCUGCUCCCCCAUUGUUGAAUAGCGAUGGUUCCUACCAAAAUGAUGUUUGUGGUGCACCAGUAGUCUUACUGAAAGGAAAGGGUUCUGCUGUCUCCUAUCAUCAGAACUAUACUGUUGGAGAGGGUGAGCAAAACUCUUCCUCAGCAAACCAAAAGGAGAGGUGGUUUCAGAGGAUAAAACUCAACAAAGUUUUACCACAGUUCCAAACGUCUGGCGCAGAUCAAGAGAAAGGUGCAAUGGUGUGCCAGAUGGUCGUAAAAAGUUCGCCAACGGGGGACGCCGUGAUCGGAGACGUUACCUCAGCCAAACCCAAUGGAGUGCUGCUAAACUGCGGCUCCUCUGCAUCUCCGGGAAGCGUGGCGACGAGACCCUCUGGUUCGGCACCUGGCAAGCUGCAGGGCGGAGUGACUCUCCUCAAUGGCAGCUCCUCUGUAGUGUCAACGGAGCCGCAUCUGGCAACCCCAGGUGAAUCAACACCCGAUGCGUCAACUAAUGCAGUGCAUGUGCAGCACAGGCCGCUGACCGCUAAUUCUGCCACAGGGACUAGCCAGUCUACCCCUAACCUUAUUCACAAACCAGGGGGUAGGCCUAGAGGGAUGAAAGUAACACCGCUAGUUGGGAAAAAUAGUGCCUUGGCAGCGGCACAAGGGGUUAGAAGCAUCAACGACACACCAGCCUCUCUGGAGACUGAGGAGGAGAGAGCUGCCAAGCGCAGGGAGAAUUGGCGCAUCAAGAAGAGGGAACAGAGAGCGAAGCAGGCGGCUAGCUUAAAGAAGGCCAGUGAGAGGAUCAGGAGCAUGGAUGUGUCGUUGCAGAAAGCACCGCAGUUACCCAGCAUGGUCGUGGCACGUCCCCCUUCUGCUUUGACCGGACAGGGCCAGAGGCAAUGCGUCAAUAGGGCCAGGGCCCCGUUCACCUCAGCCGGACGCCUGCUGAAGAAUGCCAGAGCCGUGGCAACCGUUGCGGUCAAAAGGGAAUCUGAGGAUUCGACCCUGGCAAAGCUAGCAGCAGUUGACGCUAAUGGACCAACUGUACAGCUUAAACUACAAAAUCUGCAGGAGGCUAACGCGACGAUGCAGACUCGUAUUGCAUCUAAUAUAAUUGGUUAUAAACCAGCAGGGGAACCAAUCACAAGCCUCCCGGGUCCGGUGCCGUUUGCAAACACUAGCCGAGGGUUGGUCCGUUGUAGAACUCCGAGGCAGAGGUUCAUUGAAACCCAAAGAAAUUUACUGGGUCAGAGGAACAUGAGAAAGUUCCCGUGUCACGCCGCAGCCUUCACAGCCCACAGUGCACCCCAAGAUGACCCAAUGGAGACGCCCGAGCAGUUGGCGGCCAGGAAGCGGGAGUACUGGCGUGUCAAGAAGCGGGAACAGCGUGCCAAGCUGUCAGUGGAAGUAAGGGCUAAGAUGAAGGAGAGGGAUGGUCUGCUACGAAGAGUCAAGCGUUACCAGAGCAUACUGGAGGAUAUGAGGAAGGCCAGAGUGGCGGGCUGCAACACGCUGUCACAACCGCCAGGAAAUAGGCCUACCCAUACUAGCGCCUCAGAGACCAUAGGAGGUUUCAUCAAGGAAGACGGUACAUUGACCAAUAAAAUUCCCCAAAUUGAUCUCACUACAGAAGUGAAAGACACCGGAGGAAUGCGCGUUAAUAAUUCAUUCGCCAACACGCACCACCAACAUCAGCUGCUUCCCAAUGUACCUGGGGAUGCCUCUAGCAAUGUGUUGUUGAGUCACCCAAUACGAGUUAACCCGCCACCUUUAAUCCGUCCCGCUCAGGUCAAAGUCUCCUGUCCUCCGAUCGGCCUGUCACUUGCCAAACCUCCCAGGUUAGUAUCAAUAAAACCAAGGACUGAUUUCCGUGCCGCUCCAAAUUCACACCCAGUUAUCCAGCCCCAGAGUCAUAUUACCCUCACACACCCUCAAAACACUCAAAACCCCUUUCCUGGUGUGCCUAAAGCAAUGCCACAUUCAGCUAGCUGCGUCAUGAAGAUGGCCGUCAAAACCUCUAACGUCUCCACUGUGCUGAACUUGGACCCGAAGCUAACAGAGGAGGAAAGGAUGGCUAAGAAGAGGGAGUACUGGAGGGUGAAGAAACGAGAGCAGAGGGCAGCCCGCGCCAAUCGGCUACGGCAAGGAGCUCAAGCCAGGGGAAAUGCUGCCUCGCAGAAGAGGCGAAACCAGAGGUUAGCGCGAUUAUCUACGGCCAGUCCCAAUGUCAACAACUCUGUGAAUAACAUGCCGACUAUCAAGCCUCUUUCAAAUACCAGCGUGUCCGUGCCUCCGCAGGGACACAAUAUCAAACAAGAGAGAGACUCGACCUCAGUAGACCCACCAUGUCCUCUGCAGGAACUGGAAUGUGUAGACGUCAAACCGCCGCCGCCACCACCGCCGCCGCCACCUGAGCCACAACUGAGUGAGCCGGCAGACCUGGCGUUGAGUGCCGACAGCCAGGCUACCACUCUCCUGGCGGUGGCCUCUAUGAAGAAGCUCCUGGAGGAAUCGCUGAGCACCGUGGCCGACUGUAAAACAGAGCAGCCCGACUGCAUGGCGGAACAGCUGCCUUGUAAAACAGAGCCUCAAGCCUACCCUUCUGAGGAGGCGCAUGUCCAAAUGGAGGUCAAGCCAAAUCUACCUCUGCUCACCCUGGGAGACGAGGAGAAGGUUUCCCUAUCUGCUGAUCUGUCAUUGGAGGUCAAAGGGUGGCAGGUGGAUGCUGACUCCCUCCCGCCAUGUCAGGUGGCAUUUCAUCCACUGAGCCCCAACCCAAAAUACUCUCCCCUGUCCAAUGGCACUGAGACCCCCUGUUUCCCGGCCCCUGCUCACGAGCCCCAGUCUCAUUCACCCGUACACUCCCACGCGGCGGCCUCUGGAGAACCUCUCCUCCCAUACCCUCGCAGAGCCCAGAGGCUGCGUGAUAAGAAAACCGGUCACCACCAUUGCUGCUCUCCAGAACCCCCCAAGUUACACCACCAUGCUCCACAACAACAACAACAACAACAACCACCACCUCGUCAACAAGACCAGUAUCAACUGCUACAACAUCAACAGACAACCCGGCAGCAACAGCAGCAUCACCACGCCCCGGCGGCAGCAGACCACAGUGUGACUCUGCAGAAGAGGGAGUACUGGAGGAUAAUGAAGAGGCAGCAGAGAGCCAGGAAGGCCCGGCAGGGAGGAGGGGGGCUCAGGCAGGGGGACUACAGUAGACGACUGGCCCUCAAAGCAGCACAGGCCCCAAGCCUCUUCAUCGUCAAGACACAGACACAGAGGCCCGGGCAGAAAAGUGGGAGCUUCAGUCUUCAAGCACCGCCGUUGCUCAGUCCACAGCCUUCCCCGCUUCUCCGGCCCAUUUCCCCUCCUGCCUCUGGACCCCAGGAAACCCACUGCGCAGUCCCCAACGUCCCGUCCCUUCUGGUCGUGAGCCCCACCCGCUCCGACACGGGACAUCGCUCCGAUGCACUGCAGCUCAGACCUCUGGUUAACUACGCCGCCAUCUCGCGUUCGCCAACUGGUCACACGGAUUCCCCGCAGACAUCGCAUGGCUUUAGUACCGUGUCCCUGCCUGUAGAAGAGGAGGUUGACGGCCCUCCAUUGGGCGAGGGGAAGAACGGCGGGCUGCUGUUAGUGGAGAGCCAACCGGAGGCUGUCCCGGGAUCCAGCCCUGAUUCGCCGCGCGUUAGAAAAUGGCGACUGCAAGUACAGGAAACCGCAGACGCCGACACAUCGCCUAUAGCCACUCUCAGUCCACCGCCCAACCCUCUGACCAGCAUCAAGCUGUUACCCAUCCAUCCACCCAGUCAGGCGUCUUCUUUCACACCAACGCAGGCUCCUUUCAUCCGUCACAGUGCUGAGAUUUGCCAAAGUGGGAGUGAUCAAAAUGUGCAGUCUUCUUCAACACAGGGGCUAGUCAAAAGUCCCAUCUACGUGAGCUCCAUGGGUCCGCCCAAGCCGGUGCCGGGAGAAUCGGAAGAGGAGACCCUGAGGAAGAAACGGGAGUACUGGAGGGUGAAGAAGAAGGAGCAGAGGGCCAGGAAGGCCAUGAGGGACAGGGAGCUGACGGAGAAAAGGGCGUCGGUCAACUGGAGGCCCAUCCUCCCCACCGGUCAGACGGACCUGCUGCACGGGAUGGACACACAGGAACAGGAUCCUGACCAUUGGCUUAAUACAGCAGAGGACUCUGAACUUCUUCUAAGUACUUCCACAGAGACAGACAUGGGCUACUUCCCUGACUCAAGCCAUAUGGAACCUUUAGAAGACGAAUCAGAGCUUCUUCACCCGGACGACGGCACCGGUGACGGCUACAACGCCCCGUUCUCGGACACCGUCUGGAGGAACCGCUACCUCAUGGACUACGACCCGCUGAACCAGCUGCUGGUGUGCAUGGUGUGUGGGGACCUCCAGUACUCCCACAGCCUGGAGGGAGUGCGGGCCCACAUCGAAGACGCCCACCCGGACACGCUGAGCCUGGACGCUCCCGAGCACCACCGCAUCCUGGAGGCCUGGGACGAGCAGGUGUCCAGGAGGGAGCGCUUCUUCACCAGCCAGCUGCAGCAGCACAGCGGUGCGAUGGGAGUGGACAGUGCCAGCCUCCCAGCCGAAGUGGAAGUCAUGGUUGACACGGAGGAAGCGGCGUACGCGGCGAACAGCAAGAGCUCCAAAGCCAAACCCACGAGGAGACUGUGAGAGCAAAGAAGCACAAAUGGCUGUAAGAUGGCCCACAUAGUGUGGCAUUGGAAGAUAGUUUUGGCAAGUAGAAGAGGAAGAGAACCUAACUGCUGGUUCCUUGCUUUAGAGUGUGUGUUUUCUACAGAGCAGUUCAUAGCUACAACGGAUGGACUCCUCUUGAACUGUGUACCAGUGUAAGGGACCGUGAACCACAAGUGACACGUUUUACCUCAUUAACUUUGGGAUACAUGCACAGACGCUUUUGAAAACGCUGUUUUAUAGUGAUCGUGAUUCACUACUACAACCCCCCCCCCCCCCCCAAACAAAACGUUAACAUGUUCGUGAGGGAUGAUAAUGGCUUCUAUUGUCUUUGGGCUGAAGCACAGUCCGGGUUCUCCCUAAGCCAACAGCGAUGGGUUAACUUCAACCUGUGGUGUAUGUGGCCAUGACAAACGGGUCAGUAGUGGUCCGCAACCUGAAUCGAUGGCAUGUCUUUGGGUUUUAUUCAUCAGUGUAUCAGGAUCAAAAUGGGUGAUCAGUUGUUCUGUGAUUGAUAUUUGUCUGUACAUACAGUGCAUUUUAUAAUUUUGGUUAAUAGUACAUAAUUUAAUAUUUCUCACCGUUCCCAGUAGGUUCUGUACUGAGUUAAGAAUAAUUUGUUAUUCAGGUUUAAGAUGUCCGUUUAAAAAAGACUAAAUCACAAGGGACAUACUUGCAUGAUGGUAUAUUCAAAAUGUGCCCUAUAAAGUACUGAUUUUUCUUUUUGUUUAUGCACCAUACCUGUAACACUGAAUUAAAAUUAUAUAUAUAUAUAUUCUGGCACAUUUCAAAACAAAAUCAGUUUUCUUAAACCAUUGUACUGGAAUGUAAAAUAAGGUUCUUCCUUUUUAAAAGUUUUUUUUUGCAAUAGUGAUUUAUGAGAAAUGUAUUUCUGCACUGUAAAUACAACAUAAUAUUUAUGUUUAAAGGGGUGGUGAAAUACCAAUGCCCUUUUAAUGUAUUAUUUCAUUACCUAUGAAAAAUAAGCUUAUCACUUUAUGGUUGCUCACAUUGUUUCUGAUCUGAUUCAUAUUUCGUAGUAGUCUACAGAUACUGUGUACAUUAACUCUUUAAAUGUCUUUCUUUAGUCUCAACAGUCAGUGGCACAAACACUGUGUUAAUGUCAAAAACAAUCAAUUAUCAGCUUUUUUUUUUAAAUUUAAUUUUCUAUUUCUUUAUAACUCCAGAAAACCUGAAAAGAUCCAAUGGCCUGCUGGGAUGUUUAACAUUUUAUAUACUACCUAUAUAUGUAUCAGAUAUCAUGUGUAAGAUAUUUUUUAUUAUUUUUUGGUUCACCAGUAUGAAGAGGAAAAUGAAAAAAAAAAAAAAAAUACAAUAGAGCACAAAGCUUUGGAAGCCAGCCUUCUGUUUUCUUAAGAGACUGAAAAUGCAUUGAAAACAGGACGUACUGUGGUUGCGCCCUUAUACAGGUGUAACAGGAUCUAAAGGUGGAGGGACACUGACCAAGCUGUACCAUUUUACCUGAUUAGAUUGUACCUCUAAAUUGGUUCCCAUCUUGUUUCUGUUUAAAUGGAAUGUUCCAAUGCGUUUCCGGUAACCAAUAAACCCUUUUUUGUACCUUUUUAAAGUUGU